UAACAGAGAGACUUGGCUAGUACGUACGUGUACGUUGACUGUGAGAGAGUGUUCAGAAGUAAUAGUGCCGUGUAAAGAGAGAAAGAGGGUGUUGGAGCUGUCUCGACGCCGUUCUAUUUUCGUCGGCGCGCCACUGCUGGCCCAGAUUCAACGCGACCGUCACGAGAGAAAGAAAGAGAGAGCGAGAGAGAGAGAGAGAGAGAAGGAACGAGCAAACAAGUUAUCUUCUUCUCUCUUUACGGAAAAAGAGUGAAAGAGUCGAGCGAAACAAUCGAAUAUAUAUAUAUAUAUAUAUACAUAUAUAUAUAUAUAUAUCUUUCUCUCUCAUAGCGAAAAAGAAAAUCGCGCAUACCGAAACUCCCCGAUCGACCAAUCACCGGUGACCGCAGCCGUUCUCAGUGCCUCAUAAUCUUUCGUCCAGUACGGAUCGUUCUCAUUCUCUCUUCUUCGGUGAAUUUUGUGUUCCACAAACCUCGCAUUAUCGUCAACGAAACGAGGACCAAACGUGAAAUAGGCAGCCUAGUCCUGGAAGAUAUUUGGAUGAGAGCGUCUCGAACGCUCCUAGAAUGUGACUACGAAGUGAUGCUUUUCCUAGUGAGUGCAUCCUCACAUACAUGGAGUUUCAGCUGGAUAGCGCAGAGUACUGCCAGGCUCAACACAAAUAGAGAGAUACGUCCAAGCAUCGUGAUAACACCUACCAUCAGGUAUCGUUGAAGCGUGGAGCGAAGGAAAGAGAGUGAGAGAGAGAGAGAGAGAGAGAGAGAGAGAGAGAGAGAGAGAGAGAGAGAGAGAGAGAGAGAGAGACAUCGUGGGAAGAUCAAAGCAUCAGAAAUAUUUGGAUCAUCAUCGGGGAGAGUGUUAGAGAAAAGAAAAUCAGCUAGUCAUCACGCAAGACGUAGAAGAAUUUAAUAGAAACAAUUGUUAAUUUACAUUAAUAAAUGCAAACGCCAUAGUCACCGAUCGCGCCUGAUCCAGGAGCACUUAUUGCCAAAUAGAUUAUCUUCCGAAUAGUAGUCGAAGAGAUCCCAGGUGGGAAUAAAUCGCAUAUCAACACCGCCUAAUGUAACGUAGUCCUCCCCCCCCCCCCCCCCCUUCGGCGAAAUUCGCGCUCAGCUACCCUUCCCAAGGUCUACAUGUAAACCCACUGUUCUGUCCUCUGUAAAAAAUUAACAAAGUAUUCGAUUAGUUAAAUGAAAAAACAACUUUAUAAGACUGACAUCUAUGGGCUAAGUUGUCAAAUUCAGCCCAGCUUCGCAUAGUGUGGCACAUUUGCAAAAGAUUCGACAAAAAGAGAAACAAACAAACAAACAAACAAAAAAGAAGAAUCGUUAAUUUGAGCGUCGUAUAAAGUCACCCGGGCGAAAAAAGAUAGAAAAGAAAAAAAAAGAAAAAUAAGGAAAUCCUUUUAAAAGUUAUUUCACAAAAAGAGAGAAGGAAAAAGAUAUAAAACACUUGUAGCUGUAAGAGGAAAUGAGCAACAUGAGGGUAAAGGAUAUCAGGCCGGCGCCCGCCGAGAUUGAAUACAAAAACAUGAAGUUCCUCAUUACUGAUCGGCCCAAUGAUCAGACCAUUCAUACUUUUAUUCAAGAACUGAAAAAGCACAAUGUGAAAGAAGUAGUGAGAGUCUGUGAACCAACGUACAAAGUUGAAGAACUUAAGACAGAAGGGAUCAAUGUCAUAGAUUUGGUAUUUGACGAUGGGACGUUUCCACCAAAUGAGGUAGUCGAUGAAUGGUUCGAGCUACUAAAAAAUCGAUUCCGUGAAACACCUGAUGCUUGCGUAGCGGUACACUGUGUCGCAGGGCUCGGUAGAGCGCCCGUAUUAGUUGCUCUUGCUCUCAUCGAAUUGGGUCUCAAAUACGAGGACGCUGUUGCUCUGAUUAGAGAAAAAAGGCGAGGCGCUAUAAACGCAAAGCAACUGGCCUACCUUGAAAAGUAUCGUCCCAAGUCUCGAUUGAAGCUCAAAAAUGGACAGAAAAAUUCUUGCUGCAUCCAAUAAAUAAAUAAAUAAAAUAAAGUAAAAUAAAAAAAAAAAAAAAAAAAGAAGAAAAGAAAUAAUCUUUUAAAAUGAACUUACUAAUUCACAUAAUUGGUAUACCUAAUUGUAUGGGUUUCCGCGCCUGAUAACAAGUGACAUUGUACACGACUCUGUCAAAUGGCCUACCAGUGGAAAUGCAACCAAACAAUGAAUCAUUGCCAAUGGCGAUGUUUGUACCAUCCCACGUGUCUAAAAUAAGCAAUCGAGAGUGUAAUUCAGGUGCUUUAAAUCGUGGCACUUUUCAUUUACGAAAGUUGUAUAUUUAUUUUUGAUACUUAACCCAUAUUGAAUUCCAUAGGACAAAAUAAGCGUUUAUAUUGUAAGAACUGUACCUCUAACACUAAAGAACGAGUAUUACCGAAUGCUGAAAUACAUUUGCACCGCUUGUCAAAUUUCAAAUCGCAUUAAAUUGUAUAUUAUAUGAAAUAUAUGUCAGAGAUAUUUUCUUUUGCUUUCUA